UUUUAAAAAUCGCGGGAAGGUGAAUUUGAAGUUUUCACCUAUUUCAGCUCCUAUAGCUGCACUGUUCUGUCGCACUCAUUGCUUAUGGGGCACCACAGCCUAUUGCUUUCGCCUUGCACAUUUUAACACCACACUUAAUCAGCUGUUUACUUUCAACACAUCACCAAACGACGUCAAUACAGAAAAUUGUAUACUGCUAAAAUUGCGCCUCUCCAGGUUGUCGUUUUUGUUUGACGUCACAAAGUUAAAAUGCGACAAUAUCACGCUGCGUUCAGGCAACUAAUGUGUCACAGGCAGACAUCGAUGAUAUCCUCAAGGUUUAGGUCGCAGUUGCUGAUCCUGUCGUCAUUCUCGGACUAUACGCCCGCUCUUAGAAAAUACUCAAAGUUUAGCACACACCUGUCGACGGAGCGGGCAAUGGAGUUACUGUGUAACUUGGACGAAGAAGAGCGCAGCAAUCUGCGCUGUGCACUGGGAAAGGUGGAGGCCGACAAGGAAAAGAAACUAUACGAGAGUCAGUUGGCCGUUGGCAGUUGGCGCACUCGCUUCGGACGACUAUCAAACAAGCCGGCGUUGGGUCAGGUUAUUGCCGGGACAUUUUGUGCAGUGCCCGAUGAUUGGCUGAGAAGAAAAUUGGUUGAGUCUGCGGCACCUCCCACAGCUGGCCAGUUAUACAGUAUCUUUUUCGUGAAUGCUGUUCCAUUUAUCGCUUUUGGUUUUCUUGACAACUUCAUCAUGAUAAUGGCGGGCGAAUACAUUGAGUACUAUUUGGGCCACUUUAUCACGCUGUCAACAAUGGCGGCUGCUGGUCUUGGCAACACCAUAAGCGACAUUCUAGGUAUCACAAUGGCAACAUAUGUCGAGAACGGCUGCCAGAUAUUGGGCCUCAAGCAGCCCAAGUUGACACCAGCGCAAUUCGAGCUCAAGUCCAGCAAGAGAUCAUCCAGUUUUGGUCGUAUCGUCGGCAUUACAGUAGGCUGUCUGCUUGGAAUGUGUCCUUUGUGGUUCAUGGAGGAGAAAGCCUCGGAAAAGACAGAUGCGGCGACUAACUAAAAAAAGAAAACUAAGAAAGUUUGGGCUAACCUGGUCACUUAGAUGCGGCAUUAUUGAUUCAUUUUAAAAUCCUUAUAUUGCCUAAGGAGCAAUUGAAAUAAUUUAUUGUUAUUUCUUAUUCGUCAGUUUGUAGAAUGAAAAGUGUUACUGGCUCUUAUAUCACAAAAAAAUGUAUUUGGGAAAAUAGAUUAUUUAAUUUGAUUUAAACUUCCCUUAAAUGUGAGUCACCAAAUGGGCCAAGCUAAACUAUAGAAAAUUGCAAUCAAGUUCUUAGAAAAUCAAUGUACUUAAAUUCAAUUUAUAUGUAUAUACGAAGUUAGUUAACAAUAUAUGUAUGUAUUGAGAUAAAAACAAUCAAUUAGUUAAGGACUGUCCUCUUACCUAGUUUCACUGAAAAGUGCCUAUUAAACGUGCUUAAAAACUUGUGCCCUCCUCUACACAAUUCUAACCAUAUCGCAUUGGCUUUACUUUAAACUUAAAAACAAAAUACAUGUGUACUAAAAAGUAGACUACAAGAAAAUUAUGAUGUUCCAGUUGUAGAGCUUAUCCAUACACAAUAAAUACAAUUUGAAUUA